CACGUUAGUUCAUAUCAUGCAUCGGGAAACCGAGCUGGCCGUCAAGAGACAGCUUUGAAUCCUCACCAUAACUAUUUCUUGCUGGCAGACAAUGGUACUUCGGGUAAGUUUGGUAGCGAACUUUGCCUUCGUCGACGCCUGGAACAAUAUCUGGCCCAGCAACCGAUUGAUAUGCGGCGAUAUGGUGAGUGGCUGAUAUUCAUUCUUGCCUUAGCCUCUCUAUAUAGGUGGCUUGAUUGGCAGUAG